UCACCGACGUGGCGAAGGCGGUGCUUUUCCCUCCCUCCUCACUCCCGUGGAUCCGAAGUAUCACAGGCGGGCUUUCGUCGCUGUUUUUGAAGUAUACUUCUUAAAAAAAGAACUGUUAGCACCAUCGCAGUUUGUAUACAUAUAUAUAUAUAUAUAUAUAUAUAUAUAUAUAUAUAUAUAUACAUAUACACACACGAAUUACCAUAAGUGAAAUCUGCAAGCUGAGGGCCUGCUUCCCCUCAGAUACAGACAGAGGCCAUCAUGAAGCUGACGGACAAUGUGCUGCGGAGCUUCAGAGUUGCUAAGGUGUUUCGAGAAAAUUCAGACAAAAUUAAUUGCUUCGAUUUCAGUUCAAACGGAGAAACAAUUAUUUCCAGCAGCGACGAUGAUUCCUUAGUCUUGUACGACUGCCAAGAGGGAAAACCCAAGAGGACUCUCUACAGCAAAAAGUAUGGAGUGGAUCUGAUCAGGUACACACAUGCUGCAAACACUGUGGUCUACAGUUCCAACAAAAUUGAUGAUACUAUCCGGUACCUGUCGCUUCAUGACAACAAAUACAUCCGCUACUUUCCUGGGCAUAACAAAAGAGUGACAUCUCUCUCCAUGUCUCCUGUGGACGACACAUUUAUUUCUGGCUCAUUAGAUAAAACAAUCAGACUGUGGGAUUUGCGGUCACCUAACUGCCAAGGUCUGAUGCACCUACAAGGAAAGCCAGUGUGCUCCUUCGAUCCAGAGGGCCUCAUUUUUGCUUCUGGAAUAAAUUCUGAAAUGGUAAAACUUUAUGAUCUGCGGUCGUUUGACAAGGGUCCCUUUGCAACCUUCAAGCUUCAGUAUGACCGGACAUGCGAGUGGACAGGACUCAAGUUUAGCAAUGACGGAAAACUCAUUCUUCUUUCUACUAAUGGCGGAGCCCUUCGCAUCUUAGAUGCUUUUAAGGGUGUUGUGCUACAUUCCUUUGGGGGCUACAACAACAGUAAAGGUGUAACACUGGAGGCAUCAUUCACUCCGGAUUCUCAGUUUGUUAUGAUUGGCUCAGAGGACGGAAAGAUCCAUGUGUGGAAUGCAGAGAGCGGUAUGAAGGUGGCUUUAUUAGAUGGGAAGCACACGGGACCGAUUACCUGCCUGCAGUUCAACCCCAAGUUCAUGACAUUUGCAAGUGCCUGCUCCAACAUGACAGAGCACCAUGCCUCCUCGAACUGCACACUAACUUCAAAGACUCUCACGAAGAUGGGCAGCAACCCAAGAGAUAGAAGGAGGAGUGAGGGAGAAGAGUAAGAGGGAGAAAAAUUGAGGAAGAGAGAAGUCUUGAUUACUGCAAAAUUCAAAAUACGUAAUUUAAGAAAUUAUUGCACUGUUUUCUUAUUGUGUUAUUUGUAACACCCUUGAUGCCUACAGUGACUCCAAUCUAAAACUGUACACACUUGAUACAACUGUGCGUUAGUGACUGUGAGCUUGUCAUGUCGUUCAGUUCUGUGUUCAAUUCAUUUUCCUCUUAGCAGGCCGAGGGGUAAAUGGAAAGCAAGACAGCAUGAAAGUAAUUUGGAUAUACUUCUUUUGGUUCAAGUGAAACAGAAAAUUGGGAAACCUCAGCUUUUAUGGGCCACACACGCACACAAAAACACCAGCAAACACAAAAUGGUUUUAAUGUGACUAAACAUUUUGAAUGCUUUC